AUGGACUCCACACGAACGGGGAAUACAUCUGCUCAAGUACUCGUUAUACCUAAUGAAACUACGGCAACGACUUAUACGAAAACUAGUGUUCAUAAUCGCACGACCAAUACCCUCAGCCAGGACAAUCUCCGUUAUAUCCCACAAUCCAGCUAUCACAGCCUCAUUCGGUUCACAAGGGCACCGCGUUCCAGUGGCCCGUAUUACGCUACAGCAACUAUGGAGAUGAGAUCGUCUCAUGCCGAAGGACUCUCAAAUCAAAUUUAUGCAGUGGAGCGCAUCUUCAAGAGUAUGGGAUAG